UGCAAAUGUAGUCACUAGUCGAUGACAGGCAAAACGUCAGAGGAGGACUCGGAUAACAAAAUUUGGAAAAUAAUUUUGUGAAAAAUGAGCAAUACUUUCCUUUUCAAAGCAUAUGUGCAUAACUAAAACUACCUAACUUUCUUCUAAAAGUGUCCUAAAAGUUUAUAAUCAAGUAGAAAGGACUUUAUACACUUGAAAAUAUGGCUAGAUUAGGCAAAACAGCUCAGGAAUUCAUCCAGGAUUCAUUUUCUCCAAUUGUCGCAGUUUUGUGCAGCCCUAAAGUAGAGAAUGUGGUUUCUAAGAAUAACCUUUCGUUUACUGAAUUGUUGCAGCCAUUCACAUCUAUGGACUGGGAAGGUCAAUUUCGAGACCCCAGUGGAAAUCAAUGUACAAUAAAAAAUUGGAGACUGAUCAUAAGAGAUGUUAAUUGGAAGCCUCUACAACCAACAGAAGCAAGAAGACAAUUAAACAAUGCUGUAUUACACAACUACCAUGAAAAAACUGUGUCUCUUGAAAUAGAUAAACGAAAAUUUGAUGUUCCCCAGUCUACUCAGUGGUUUGAUGGCUGGAGGGAGACAUACUUAGAAGUUCAAUUUCCUUCUGAUCAUGAAUUCACAAAACAUUUUGUAUCUUGUAUAAUUGUAGGCACUACUUUAGAUGAUAAUGUUGUAGACAGCUUUAAUUGUUUGAAUCAACAAUAUGCCCAGUUACAAAAUGUUACACCACCUAAACUUCCUAAAUGGUUUAAUAGUAGUGUUCUGAAAUCUUAUCUCCUACUGCAUGAUGUUUCUGCAGUACCUAAAGAAAAAGCAGAUGCAGCAUUUGACUUACUAAAGCAGACUUUUGGAGCAACAAACUGUUUCAUGUUGGCAAUAAAUUCAAAAAGCACUGUUGAUCAGAAUGUUUCAACUGACUUGUGGGCACAGUUUGUUAAAAGAACCUCACAGCCUAAUAAUGAGAUGUCUACAUCACUAACUACCUUGCCUACUACACCAGCUGAACAACAAGCAGCCUUCGCAUCAGCCAACACAAAUGUAUCAGAUGAGGUAAAUACAACUGCAACUUCAGUGAAUCCAGAUGUCCAUCCUCUAACAGCUCUGGAAACAGAUGUUUAUGAUAAUGCAAACAGCUUACAGACUCAUUCGUUUUCUGGGAGCUCUGAAAGUGUUAAUGUGGCUGGAAAAGGCUUAGAUUGUUCAACUGAAGUACAUGGCACGGCAUUAAAUGGGAGCGAUAUUGAAGCCAUCAAAACAUUCUUGCAUGAAUAUUCAUCUAAGGCCUUGCUUCCAUACAUGGAAAAGCAAAUUUCACAGUUAUCUGAAAUUGUCGCAAACAGAAAAGGUGUUAGUCGAUCAUUGCUGUCCGCAACGAAGCGCUGGUUUGGCACUGGAAAACCGGGAAAUACUACGGGCAACAGUACCGUCAUAUAUACCUCUGACUGUCCGGAAUUGCAGUUACGUCGUUUAGGCGACCUGUGGUUUAUGUGCAGACAGUGGCAACGUGCGUUUGACACUUAUCAUACUGCAAAGAGAGAGUUUUACGCUGACAGCGCUUGGCUGUGCUACGCGGGCGCUCUUGAGAUGGCAGCAAUAAGUGCAUUUAUGGCCGGAGAUUCUAAUCGGAAAACACACGGCUACAUGGAGGAAAGCAUUGUUACUUAUCUAAAUACUUGCAGGAUGGUUCAGUAUGCUGUAAGAGCUACUCUUUUAUCUGUCCUUUGCUUGAGCGGCUCGGGUAUGCAUGGUGAGGCAGCAAAGCAAUUAAUUCGUAUGACAUCCGAGGACAGUGAUUUGCGUAGUGCUAUGCUACUAGAACAAGCGGCGCUCUGCUUUUUAUCCGGCCCGGCAUCCAAGGGAAUGUGUAGGAAAUACGCCUUUCAUAUGGUUUUGGCGGGUCACCGUUUUUCAAAGGCAGGACAGAAAAAACAUGCCUACAGAUGUUACAAACAAGCUUACCAGGUGUACGAGAGCAGCGGCUGGCGGCUGGCCACGGACCACGUGCAGUUCGCGCUGGGGCGGCUGGCGGGCGCGCUGCGCCACACGCGCGACGCGCUGCGCUGGCUGGGCGCGCCGCUGGCGCCCGCCGCGCCGCAGCCGCCGCACCAGCAGCACGCCUUCCUGCGCGAGUACAUGAUGGCGCACCAGCAAUGGAUAGAAAGUUCGGAGGAACCGCGGGAUCAGCUGGAGCAGCUGCCACUGCCGCUGGUGGUGGAGCGCGACACGAGCGUGGUGUGCGUGGGACCGGCGCCGCUGGCCGCGCCGCGCCGCCGCGCUGCCAGCUCGCUGGCGCUGGGCGGCGAGCUGGCAACGCCGCAGCCCGCGCCCGCCGCCUGGCGCCUGCUGGAGGAGAUGCUGCUGCAGGUGGCGCAGGGCGCCGUGCCCAUGAUAUUCAAGCCCACCGUGGACCUCUACACCGACGCUACUGACAGCGAGCCGCUCGUGCCACAAGGAGAACCAAUACAAAUCUCGAUUACGUUGUGGAACCCAUUGAAGAUUUCAUUAAUUUUAAAAGACGUUGAACUCUUAUGGCGCUUCGUUCAUACGUCUGACAACGCCUCUACUACCGGCGAAGAAGUUUUAAGCAAUGAACAGUCGGUCGCCGCCGGACUGGUUUUAGAAAGCAAUAUUAUAUACAGCCAGAAAAUAAAAUCAGUUCUUCUGGAAGGCGCAUGCAAGAAGAUACUCAUUUUUACACUGACACCUCUGAGAGUCGGUCGACUUAAUAUUCAUGGAGUGGCUUACAAGCUAAUCAAUGCUGGAGAAGGCGGUACUGAAAACGGGAACAGCAUAAUGAUAUCAGGGAAAGUUAACCUAACUCCUAGUGGAAAAACACCUGACAAACGCCUACAAAUUACUGUGAUUCCAGAAGCUCCAUGUUUACAGAUGACAUUUUCGGAAACAAGUCCGGAUAUUAUAAGUGGAGAAAUGAGAACCAUUGACGUGGAAUUUACUAAUGUGGGUCCCGUUGAUAUGCAUAAUCUUUAUAUAGCUGUUUCUCACCCUGACUGUGUCAACCUAGUUACCUCCGAUGACGAAGACGAUUUCAAAGCGCUUUACGAUGAGAAAUACCAAACACCGCCUUCUCACCCAGACGAGCGCGCGCCCGCCCGCGACCUGCUGCUGCUGGCCUACUACCACACGGGGCUGCGCGAGCGCCCCUACCGCUUGUUGCGACAUGUCUUCCGCUUCCGCGUCAGCGAAGCCGUCGAACUGGCGGUCACGCCACGUCGCAGUUUGCGGCGAGUCGACGGAGAUGUGGUGGAGAAUAUGAGUCUUGCGGUAGAAGUAAAAAACAUUUUUGGCGAAAAAGGCGAAGACGCGCGUUUGGAAGUCCUAGAAGCGUCAUUGCUUAGUCGCCAGUGGAGUUUGACUGGUUUCGUUGCGGUGGAUAACGCAGCACAGCCGCUUACUGCACGAGAAAAACUGCACUUUGUUCUCCGAGCCCGACGAAUUAUAACCGCUCCUCCUGAGGGUCAAGUUCAAUAUACAAGUGUUAAAAUUGCCGACGGCCACCCGGAUGCCAUUGCCGAUGUUAAUUCUCCACCUUAUUCUAAAUUCGUAUUGGAUAGUCAGAAUUCUGUAAUAGAUGUUCCUGAAUCUUCUACCACAAACUAUGAGAUUUCAAGCAAUAGAACAGGAUUAAUACAAUCUAUGUUCGUUCUUCGUUGGAAAGUCCAUGAAGAUACUAAAGGAAAAAGUGCAGUCGGGCAACAUUGUCUAUGGUUGGAUUGUUUUACCAAAGCCAUAUCCCGUGAGAGGGAAUUCCUUCCUGGUGAAGCUAUUCCCAUACACAUAGAUGAGUACGAUAAAAAGCCGGAAUUACGUGACAUUAACACCAAAAGUAAAAAGGACAAUGUCGUUAUAUUUGGAUUAGAGCAUUCUAAUUAUAUUAACCAUAAUUUUAAUGAUAUGAAACUUUGUCUUGUUCCGAUCACACUGAAUAUAGUCAACUGCUAUGGGGUUCCUGUUAAAGUGUUUAUAGACAUGACUAAACAGAAAAAUCGAGAAUUAUCUGCGGAACUGGGUUGGGCCGGUGCUCUUAGUUCUGGAUCGGACGUAGAAGCCAAGGAGUUAGGCGUCAGCGUCAAUUUAGACAAGUUUGAGUCUAAACGAGUUCAAGUUCGUGGCGUCUGCGCCGCGCCAGGAACGUAUCUCGUUGGUUCUGCGUUCUCGGUUUCUACUAUAGCUAAUGAUAUAAAUCUCAAUGUCUCUAAUGUAUCAAACAAUACCUCGCUACUCAUAGUAGAGCAAGCGGCUUAGCCUUUGUUCUACUCUUCAAGGUAUCUGAACACUCGUAGUUCAUGUAAUGAAGAUAUAAUAAAUUCUGGGAGAUUGUAUUUAUGUAAUAUAUAAUGUUCAAUUUUAUAUUUUUUUGUGAUAAUUUUGACUUCAUGGAACCUGCUUAAUACUUAUGCUUACAAAAAUUAAAAGAAAUACCUAAGACUAUAAAACAAAUAGCUAUUAUAAUAUCUACAUAUUAUAAAUUUGAGUCUUAAAAGCUAGAGACGGUUUUCGGAAAGAUUUUUUGGGCCGGCACUAAGUAUGUUGUUUCAUUGUGAUAAAAUCUUGCUGGCUUCCGAAAGCACGACAUUUGCAUAUGUAUGUACCACGAAUAUUAAAUUAAUGUAUAUAUAUGAUAAAACUUAUUUUAGCAGUUCGAUCAUAUGAUCAACAAUGACUCUCCUAUAAUAUGUGUGUUAAAUGGUAAUUGGUAAUUAGUACAUUUGCCAGAACUCAACUACAAUAGUCACAGCCGCGUAGCUGCCAUUUCUAUAGGCGUAGUCGCCGUAUAAAAAUGUAUAAUGUAUAUCAUAUAUAAAAAUGUACGCAUUAAAAAUAUAUAUGUUUGUAUGAAAAUGUAUAUUUAAAAAAUGACGCUUUAGCAUAAUUUUAAUUGUUUAUGAAAUAGGGAGUGAGCAUUUACAUUUACGGACCCGUAUUUCUGUUUAUUUCGAAAUGGCAGAAUUUGCAGUAUAUUAAAUGUGCACCUAAUGUCUACUUAUUGUUAAAAUUAUAGAUAUAGAAAAUA